AAUGGGUGGCAGCAAACGUGGUCAACACAGAACAAAAGCAAAGGCCAAGACGCUGGAUAUAAAGAUAGCAGGGCUAACCAACAAGCACAUAAUCAACAUCAGCAAACCCAACAACCGCAAUAUCAGAAGCAGCAGCCUCAUAGUCAUCAACACCAACACCAUCACCAGCAGCAGCAGCGCACACCAAGCGAAGGCAUAUCCAUUGUUGGCAAAUCAAAGGGCAAAGUGUCAGAGGAGCCUCUCCGAACCAUCGGAAUAUCCAUAUGGGGAACAGCACGGCCAGCAGCACUGGAUAUUACCCGUAGCUCAAGUCAGCAGCAACACCAGCAACAUCACAAACACCGGCGACAGGAGCAGCACCACCAUAAUUACCAGCAAAGGCGGGACAGAAAAAGAAAAGAUCAGGGCAUGACGAUAAAGUCUCCCCACAUAGACCAGGAUAGAAAGCCGUACGAUCGACCAAAUGGCAGUGAGCGCAGGAGCCGCAGCUUGUUUGGAUUCCAUAUGAGCCAGGUAGUACACCAGGACAAUCUAGAUCGAAUGACUGCGGCGGCCGCUGGCAUCCACAUGAGGCCAAAUGAAGAAAAUGAUAAUUGUCGACAGUCUUUUGGAUCAAAACCGCUGCCCAUUUCCACACCGGCUACUGUCCCCUCGGCACAGGAUUUAAUGAUGUUUGCGAAGGGGCUUGCCGAUUUGGCGGCUUUGGCGGUGGAUACAGCGAAGCGGGCUUCUGGAGAACGGGAGAGGCCCGUCAUGAAGAGCGUGUUUGUAGAGGCCAGGGAUGAUAUGGUGAGUGCGACCCGGAAAGAUCUGGGCGUUGGGUCAUCCAAUGCUGCUAUAGAGAGAAAGGAUACACAUAUGGAGGUUGAUUCCCGGUCUCCUGCUAGAGUGAUUCCGCCACCGCCACCACCUCCUGCUUCCGCGCCUUCCAUUUCUGCACCGAAAAAAGUCGAAUUGGAAGACUUUGAAAUCGGAAUCAAUGAUUUGAUCGACUUUGACAUUUCCGAUAUGGAAUAAAUACUUUUCAUUAAUUUUCAGUUUUUUUUAAAUUUACAAAAGAAUAUUAGCG